AUGGAUCUCCACGAAGUACAGAAUGCGACUGCACGCUUUUUCACAGACGCCAAUGCGCAGUUCAACCGCAUCCCCGGAUCGGCCAUUGCGGUGCGAUACAUCAAGUCGAGUUACCAGAACGACCCGGUGCGCAGCGCGAUUGAACUGUUCCUCUUUCUCUUUGCCGUGCGCUAUCUGCUGGCACCCAAGUACAGCACGCAGAAGAAAGUGCAAUUGACGGACGCGGAGAUUGACGAGCUGGUCGAAGACUGGACGCCUGAGCCACUCGUUGCACCGCCUACGCAGUUUGAGGAACUGGAUAACGAGAAGCGGCCAGUGAUUGUUGGACCCACGGGCCCCAAGUCGAAGCUCUCUACCGGCCGCACCGUCACGAACCUUGCUUCCUAUAAUUUCUACAACUUCCUCGCCUCAGAUGCGCUCAAGGAGAAAGCCAUACAGACGCUGCGCACCUACGGUGUUGGCCCCUGCGGCCCUCCCGGUUUCUACGGCACCCAGGAUGUUCACAUGAAGACAGAGGCCGACGUAGCCGCACACUUGGGUGUCCCGGCCUGCAUCAUCUACGCCCAGUCCUUCUCCACCAUCAGCAGCGUUAUCCCGAGUUUCAGCAAGCGGGGCGACAUCAUCGUAGCCGACCGAGCCAUCAACUAUGCCGCCCGCAAGGGCAUGCAGAUUAGUCGCAGCACCGUGCGCUGGUUCGAGCACAAUGACAUGGAGGAUCUUGAGAAUGUACUGAAGAAAAUCACAAAGGAACAGGCAAAGAAGCCGCUUACUAGGCGCUUCAUCAUCACCGAAGGCCUCUUUGAGAACAUGGGCGAUGUCGUGGACCUGCCAAAGCUGAUUGAGCUGAAGCUCAAGUACAAGUUCCGCCUCAUCCUCGACGAAACAUGGUCCUACGGCGUCCUCGGUCGCACCGGUGCGGGCGUGACGGAGGCUCAAAACGUCGACGCGACCGAAGUAGACAUGAUUAUCGGCUCCCUCUCCGGUCCGCUCUGUGCAGCCGGUGGAUUCUGCGCGGGCAACGGAGAAGUCGUCGAACAUCAACGCAUCUCGUCGGCAUCGUACACAUACUCGGCUGCUCUGCCUGCACUGCUUUCCACGACGGCGAGCGAGACCAUCAGCCUGCUGCAGGAACAACCCGAGAUCUUGACUGCAUUGCGGGAGAACAUCAAGGCGAUGCGUGCCCAACUGGACCCGAGGAGCGACUGGAUCAAGAUUACCAGUUCGGCGGACAAUCCCAUCUUACUCCUUGUCCUGAAGCCCGAAGUCAUCGAGGCCAAGAAACUGACCAUUGACGACCAAAACCAAAUCUUCCGCGAGGUGGUCGACGAGUGUCUGGCAAACAGCGUGCUCAUCACCCGCCUCAAGGCCUUUCCCCUCGGCCUCGGCCUCAACCCCCGAGAUGCCGGUUGGCAGCCCACGCCGGCGCUCAAGGUCUGCUGCACCAGCGGGCUGACCAAGAAGGAGACGGAGAAGGCAGGCACUAUCAUCAGGCAUGCGGUUACCAAGAUUGUCAGCAGGCGCAAGUAA